AGUCUUCGUACUUGCUUGUUGGAUUACCAGCUUUAACGUGGCUUUUACUUUAAAUGCUGUUCAUAUGCAGUAAGGGCAUGGAAGUUGGCACAAUUUUCUUCAUAGAAAUAUAAGAACAGAACGAACAGGCUAGCUUUACAUCACCAGCAAUACUAAUGAAGUUUUUAAGUAACUCUGGUUUGUCUAAAACACUAACUAUGAGUAGUAUGGAAGAAGCCAGCGAGACAGUGAAGAGAGUGGAACAAGAACCUGUUGAGAUAAGACAUGAUCAGAACAAUGGAAUGGUGCUACCAAAGAGUGAGGACUUGUCAAAUUCCCUGAUUGGUAAUGAAUGCCCUUUUGCAACUAAAAUGAAUCAACUCCACAUACCAGCCAAACAGCAAGCAAAAUGUGAUAUGUCAACUCUCAAGUCAGGAAGAAAGCCUUCAAAACCAUCAGAGAAACACCGACGUCAAAUUCAAUCAAGUUCAAUUGAAUUACAGGCUGGCUUGAAGCAGAACAAGAAAACCAAACUUAAAAUCCCUUGGUCUUCCCGCAAAAACUCAACACAAAGUGAAUCCAUAUCUUCACACGAUGAAGGCCUCUUUGAUCGGGAUCUUAAAGAUAUUUGUGAUCAUGAUGAGAUGAUUGCAAAGCCAAUUCUUAACAUCCUGACUGUGCUGUUCAAGAAAGGGCCCUCAUUUGUUGGAAUAUUUCGGAAGUCUGCAAAUGCCAAAGCUUGCAAGGAAUUAAUUGAUAAACUAAACACGGCAAAUGAUGUCACCCUGGAGGAGUUGCCCGUUGUUCAGCUGGCUGUUGUUUUCAAGGAAUUCCUACGUCGUAUUCCAGAUAGCUUGUUGACGACAGCACUGUAUGACAGCUGGAUGGCAGCCAUGGAAAAGGAAGAUAUUAAUGAAAGAACUAUGAAGCUAAAACAGCUUCUGAUGGAACUUCCAAGCCACAACACUAUUUUGCUUCGCUAUUUUUUUUGUGUGCUGUAUUCUAUCAACAAACAUUCAGAAGUGAACAAGAUGAAUGCACACAAUCUUGCCAUCUGCAUUGGCCCAAAUAUGCUCUGGCCAAACAAACCUGUGACUGCUGAAUUACAGAAAGAAGUCCUUGCAAGGGUUGUGGAUCUGAUGCAGUUUCUCAUUGAGAACUGUUGUCUAAUACUUGGGGAUGAUAUAACCACACUUCUUGGUGAACCAGUGCUAGAGCUACCAGAAUGCAGUGAUAAAGCAGACAUGUUAUCUUCUCAACAAAAUGACUCUGCUUAUGAUAGCACUGACCAGGAUGACUGGAAAGAUGGAUGGAAUGAGAAAAGACGACGUGCAAGCUCAAGCAGUUACCAACUUUUGAGGAGCAAUGAAGAACUGAGAAUGAACGGAAAACAGAAUGGUAAAAUGGACAUUGACGCUGGAGACUGCACGACAACUUCUUGUAGCACUGAAUCAAUGGAUGCUACUGAUGGAGUACCCUUGAGAGCUGAGGCCACACCCCCGCCUGCACUCACAAUUGAACAUUAUACUGUGAGGAUAAACAGACGCUGCUCAUUACCAAUAAUAGGUUUCAACUCCAGCUCAAAAAUGAUCAACCAGCAGGAAUUAUUAGCAAGAAGCCAUGAUGAUUGCUCAAUCUCAUCUGAUGGCCUACAUUUUAAUAGGCAACAAAUGGCAAAACAGGUAUCUGCAGAAAGUUUUACAAAGUUUAGCGGCAGCAUGGCAGACAACCUUAAUGCCAGUUCACAUUCUGAGCUUUCUAUAGCCUCCUCCUCAAAGGCCUCUUCCAUUUCCUCAUUGGCUAGUUCAUAUUCAAACAUAUCAGAAAACUCUGUUUUUAUCAAUUCGCCACUCGUCUCCCCAACUUAUUGCAGUGAGGAGAAUUCCUCCUUUUCAGAGUGUCCAGAAAAACUUGAAGCAAAUUCUAUUCAGGUCCCUGAUAAUAAUGCAAAACCUAUGAAAGAAAAAGUCAAGAAACUGCUGAGAAAAACUCAAAGCUGGGACCCUGCAAGGACAUUUAACACAAACCAGAAAUCCUGCAAGGAAAAUAGCUGGAAAGAAAAAGUUCCCACUUGUGAGACAGUGCACGAAGACCAAGUCAAUCAGAGCAAUGCUGUCAGAUACAGGGCAGGCAUAAUUUCCAUUGAUGAGGUUUUUCAGCAAGUCGAUAGCAAAAGACUUUGUAACCCACCUCCAUAUCAACAAGCUGUUGAAGAAAAUAAUCCAAUUCCCCCUGAUGUUACAAGGAAAGGAAUGACUGUGAAAAACAUGAGAAGAUUGUCUCAAUUGGAAGAAGUAAAAAAACUCUAUUGUCCAGUUAUUGCUGGGCAGAAAACUAGGCCUUGUUCUUUAACAGAGGAUUUACUCUAUUCUUCGUGGCAAGAUCAUUGCACAAACCAUUUUGAUUCUUGUGCUAAGCAGGGACAACCUAAACCUGCAGAUCAGUGUAAAGAGUCACACAACAAUUUUGAAAACAAUGGGCAUCCUACAGGAUUUGAAAAGGCACAACAAUGUAGGGGGAGAGCGAUGUCUGAAUGCAUAAGAAGAAGCAAUCAUGAACAGUUAUACAGACAUUUCAGUCAAAGCCUUGAGGACUAUGAACAGAUUCAGCAUGCUAAAGAAUCUUAUGUGUAAUAUGGGCAAAAGCUACACUUUCUAUGGUAGUGUUCGAUUAAAGCACUAAUACAGUCAAAAAAGCUUUUGUCAUGUUGCAACCUGGCUAAGUUUACCCAUUGAGGUCAACGUAUGAUGUUGGGCAAGUUUUAAAAUCAGCAUUCCACUCGAUCUAGUUAAUUUCUCACCAAGUGAGUUGCCGUAAAACUGUCCCCCACUCCCUCUCUAUCUAUUACCAAUAAUUACACAGUAUUGAAAUGAAAAUCUGUGUCAUGUAAUUUCAAUAGGAAAUGGUGGAAGGGACUCAAAGUUGUUGCCAUGAGUCAUAUUUGAAGUGAUAUCACUGAGCAUUGUACAUUUUGUGUGACAUUUGAUGUAAAUAGUAUACAUAAAAUUAUCAGAUAUCUCUACAUAUGUAAAGUUCUUUGCAAAAAUGUUUAAACUUUUU